AUGUGUGACGCGCCGAUUAUCUACAUGGACGGAACAUUCAGGGUGGUACCCACCCUGUUUACGCAGCUAUACUACACGCUUCACGGUGAAUUCAAAGGCGCGAUAAUUCCCUUUGCAUACUUCCUCUUGCCGGAUAAGCGUAAAGAGACUUAUAUUAGGAUGUUCGAUCUCCUAACGAAGAAAGCCAUCGAAAUCGGCAGGGCUUUUUGCCCCCAAACAAUUCAAGUGUAUUACGAGGUUGCGACCCUGGGAGCCAUCGGAGAAAUGUUCCCGGUGACCGAUAGAACAGGUUGUCUGUUCUACUUCAGCCAAUGUUUGAGGCGAAAGGUCCAGAACCUCGGACUGGUCACUCAUUACGCCGACCCCAGUGUGAGACGCUUCCUGAAAUCUAUAGCAGCGAUGGCUUUGGUUCCUGCGGAUCGUAUGAGAGAUGCAUGGCUCGAGUUCAAUGCUGAGGCGCCAGGUCCUGACAACCCAGCCUAUCAGCGACUAGAGGAGUUCAAGCUCUAUUUCAUCAGGACUUGGCUUGAAAAUGCGUCUGUCUCCCCCUGUGCGUCUGGCCCGCGAACUACGAACCAUUUGGAAGGAUGGCACCAUGCGCUGAAUCAGACCGUGAAAAAGCGCCACUUGAAUUCGUUCGAGAUGGUUGCGCACCUACAGAAGCAGGAAGAGAAGUUCAGACUCAACAUGAUGAUGCUCCGCAUGGGGAAACCUGCCCCCAGCCAAAGAAAAACUAUAGGGUUCUCAAUGAGAAUUUGGUAG